AUGUCAGCAUUAAUUCAAUUUAGUUAUUCUAUUAGUAUUAUAAGAUGCUUAAGUGUUAUAAUCUCACUUGUUUUAGUCAGUUCAGUACAAGGUUUUCAUAUGAGACCAUAUUAUAGAACAGAAUAUGUUUUUGAUGAUGACAAUAAUAGUCGUAGUGAUAUGAAAAUUAAUUUACGAAGUAGAAGAAAUUUUGAACCUUUAUUUACAAAAGAUAAAAAUGACAACAAAAAAAGUUCGAAUAGUACCUUGAAUGAUGGUAAUGAUGAUAAAUUACUUGAAAAAUAUCCUUUAUGUGAUGCAAAAUAUAAAUUGGUGGAUAAACUAAAAGUAUUCAAAUUAUUUCAAGGAUUAAUUGGAAAAAGAAAAAAAUUAGUACUUAAUGAGUCUUGUAUUAUAGAAAUGUAUGAGUUUCUAUCUGUUACGUUAAAAAAUACGAAUGAUUUGUUAUUAGUAUUAGCAAUAGUUUAUGGAUAUGUUCCACUUUUUUUAAUAUUUCUCUCAAUUUUGGGGUUUUUUAUAACUUACAAUAAAAUUUUGCUUUAUUUUAAUCUUAUAAUUCCAACUCAGAUUAUUUUAAAUGAAUUAAUUUUAAAAAAUAUUAUCAAAAUUCGGAGACCUUACAAUAGUGCAUUGGAGUCUUACGGCAUGCCGUCAGGGCAUAGUUCUUUUUCAUUUAGUUUCAUAACUUUUAUAUUACUUCAUUUAACUGAAUCAAAUAAAGAUAAAUGGAAUAUUGUUGCCUCUAUCUUAGUUUUAAUUACAUUAUUCCCUAUACCUUGGAGUCGUUUCUAUAUAGAGGAUCAUACUUUAUCUCAAGUCAUUGUUGGGUGUAUUAUAGGUAUAAUCUUGGGAUAUCUCUUUUUUCUUAUUAAAAAGAUAUUUUUUAAAUAA